UCCACAAUUUCCAAAGAAAUUUAUCCGUUAAAACUUCAGUCCAAUCCUCUCCCCCACGAACACGAAACCUCACACCUUUCCCAUUCUCUCCGUGCAUGAAAACCUCAGAGUUACUGUAAAGAUGGCCGGCGGUAUAAGCAAACUCGGCACAGCGCUCGCCGUGAUCUUCGUUGUCUUAUUAGCAGCGCUCAUCGCCCAGCUCGUUUUCGUGCUCUGGCGCCGCCGCGCCUUCCGCCGUAGAAUCCCGCCGCCGGAAAGUGGGAUCGGCGACGUGGAGAGCCAAUCUCAGUCGUCCUCUUUCUUCUCCGUUCCCUCUAAGGAGCUCUUCUUGUUUCUCUGCCUCAAGACUGACACUCGCCUCGCCAGAAUCGAGCCCAGCUCCACCCCGAGUCUCCACAACUCGGCCGGGUCAACCCCCGAGAUGGAGCUCGUCGACCUUUUGAAGCUCCAGGGCGGCCUGUACGGGCCCUCCAAGAUUCUCUUCACGAUCAAGGAAGAAGAGAAAGAAGAUUUAGAAUCGGUUUGUUCUUCGGUGGAAAAGGGGCCCAGAAGGAAAACGAAUAGUAAGCGGAGGAGCUUGGAGGACUUUUUCGAGAUCGACGGCGACGGUGACUCGCCGGAAAUAUCGCCGGAGGUGGUUUCCACGGCCGCCGGUGAUUGCCAUUUGGAUAUAGAAACGACGCCGUUCUCCACUCCGUGUACUUCCCCAACCUACUUCACUCCGUCAGCCUCGCCGGCGCGUGAAGAAGGUGAUAGAGGUGUUAGAACUGUAUAAAUUGCCGUCACCGCCGCCGGCCGGCCGGCGAGGUUUAGCAGGCAUUGAUCUGACUCCUAGUAUAUCAUAUCACUACUGUAUUUUUAAUUUUCAUUUUUGUAUAUAUUUGAUUUUGACAUUUUACCUUCCGCCAUUAGUUUU